GAUUGAGAGCCAGGGACUCAAAGGGAAGCUACUCCUCCAUUCUCUACGUUCCCACAAUUCUUUGCCCCACCUGUAACAAACAUGGUAAAUGCAAUGACAACAUCACAAGAAAUGUGGAAUAUGGUGGAGGACUAAAUAUUGUCUUUGAGUGCAACUGUCAGUCAGCAUAUACUGGUAACUAUAAGUUGAGACAUUAUUGUUGACUGUCAUUUCUUAAAUCAUGGAUAUGUAGUUGAAUCAUUUUAAAAUUAAUCUUUUAUUUAAUAAAAAGUAAAUGUAUUUUUUUUAACUCUGCACAUUUUAAUUGAUGUUGCAGUGGUUUUAUUUAGGACUUUGGAUAACUAUCUCAAAGAAUGAACAAUUAUUAAUACAAUGAUUUCAAUAAAUGUAUUUUGCCAAACUGGAUAAAGAAGAAUCAAGCAGUUGAUUAAUGUAUUGGGGGACAAAAAUUGGGAAGGUGGGGGGAAGAGAGAAAGAAAUGCUACAAAAAAAAAUAUUACAUUUUUCCCUUAACUUCAAUGAAGUUCCUUAAAAGUUUGUCUAAUUAUUGCAUUUUUUGGGGUUAAAUCAUAAUGUUUUAGCCUUAGCAUUAUCCCUCUAACUGGCAAUAAUAAAUGUGAAGAUUUAGAUCCUAGAUUUUUAACCUAGAAUAUUAACCCUCAAACUGUGGCAUGGAUCAUUCUGUAGUGUGGGAGCUUUUCAGGGCUUUUUGAGUGCCUUUUGAAAUUGCAUUAAAUGACAUAGAAAUAUUGAUACAAGACCCCAAUAAGUAUAUAUUUUUAGAAAGGUAAAUGGAAAUAUUUUUAGAAAAGUAAAUGGAUGGGGAUAAAGUUGGCUAUAUUGCCCACACCAUAAAAAAAAUUUUGAUCAGUGUCCUUGUCCUCGGAGUGCUCAAGAAAAAAGAAAAUCGACAAGAUGUCUUGCUUUUAAGUGCUCAUAACAUCAUUAAUUUUAUAGAUUCACUUAAAACACUAAUCUAAAUGUUGUAGCCAUUUCAUUUAUCUUUCUCCUCGGAGUGCUCAAGAAAAAAGAAAAUCGACAAGAUGUCUUGCUUUUAAGUGCUCAUAACAUCAUUAAUUUUAUAGAUUCACUUAAAACACUAAUCUAAAUGUUGUAGCCAUUUCAUUUAUCUUUCAGAAAAUGUAUAGUUUGCUAAGAUUUUGAUUACAAUUAAACCUCUGAAAGCAAUUUUAGUAAUUUUAGGUCAUUUAUUACUGAAAAAAAUAAGUAACUGGGACCACAGCUAAAACCAAGUACAACAUACAAAAUCUCAGGCAAAAUAGUUAUUAUUGACUAGUAAACAUUUAAAAAGGAACUGUGGAACUGAUUUGAGUUGUUUAACUAUACAAUGUAUUAGUUCUGAUCUAUAAUCUGUAGCUUCUGUGAUUAAAAUUCAGUCAGUCUUUGCCCAACCUCCAGGCCUGGCUCGAAGUCUAACAGUAGGCCUACUUCAGUAUGACUAAGACUAGUGUCAGAUUAACGAGAAGAAGAAUCUGAACUGUGAUGUCAUGGGGAAUGUUAAAAUCAUCAUCAGUAUCACUUAAAUCUUCCCCUAAAAAGCUUUAAAAAAUAUUUGUAUUAGUCACUGCACUGAAAUACCAGCCCUAGCUUCAACCAUUUUAGCUUUAAAAAAAAGCAGUGAUGGAAAAUUCUGAUUAAAAAGUACUUAUUGUUAAGUUAUCAAGAAACAGCUUGACCCGGAAGUUGAUUUAAUUAUUAAUAAAAGGAAGUGGCUAUGAUUCCAGUUAAAUAUUGGAUUGGAAGUUGCCAUCCGACCGUGUUUUUUAUCGGCCGAUUUUUUUGGCCGAUCACAGUUUGAGGGUUAAAACAUGAAUUGUUUAAACAAUUAUCAUUCCAAAAUGUCAUCUUAAGUGUAAAUAAUGAUUAUUUAAAUACUUCAAUGUAGAUAAAUGACUUAUCUCCAGGUGAUGAUUGUGAAGCAGAGCUGGAUGGGUGCCAUAGCCAACCAUGCUCUAAGGGACAAAACUGUACUGAUUUAACAGCAGCAGAACAAGGAAACAGUACCAUGGGCUACAGUUGUGGGCCUUGUCCUGUCAGCUUUGAAGAUAUGAAAGGGAAAUGUGUUGGUAUGGAAGUUCAUUAUCAAUUCUAUUAUUUUAACAUUGUCACUAAGCUUUAAUACAUAGAAAACAGUUUUUCACUGAAAAAAUUUUCACUGCAUUCUAAAAUCAAUCAAUCCAGGCAAUGUUUAAUAUGUUUAAAGAUCUGUGAUGUUUUUUAAAAAAUUACAUACAAAAAAUAAACAGGUCCAAAUUUCCAAAGCAAUUUUUAAAUUCUGAAUUUAAAUGGUACACACUUUUGUUGUAUAAAGGAUCCGGAGUUUUCCAAAUUUUAAUUCAACGCACAAUAAUAAGUAUAUAUUUAACAGCAGAAUAUUAAUAAUAUUUGAUGCAGUUGUUGACAGAAUAAUGCCUUUUCAGACAAGGAUGAAUGUAGAAAUGACAGCCCAAACCCCUGCAGUCAGCUGUGUACAAACACUGAAGGGUCAUAUAUGUGCCGUUGGAUUUCAGCUCAAUACAACAAGACAACAAGUCUUGCAAUGGUAAAGUUGAUAUUUCCAAAUUUUAAUAGAUUUUUUGGUGUCAAGUGAUAAGACUCUACUGUUUGUCUAAAUGAUUAACAUAUAGUCCUCCACAAACAUUCAAAUGUUAGGGAUUGCGUUACAAGCAAUGCAACACUUAUUUGAAGACUCUCUUAGGGAUUGUGUUACAAGCAAUGCAACUCUUCUUUGAAGACUCUCUUUUAAUAACAAUUUAACCUAAUUAUAAAUAUUCCUAUACCAUAGUGCAGCCUACUAAAGACAUUCUUAACUAACCAUAGAUUUUACACUAACAUAAUUUCAAGGACAGGGGGGGCCAACCCAAAUGGCUUAAAGGGCAACUUUGAUCCCGUGGUCAACGUCUCGCAAUCUGUUUGUCAUUAAACCUAAGAAAGAAAGAAAUACUCAAUAAAAGAUGUACUGAAUUAUUUAUUUAUUCUUUCAUGCACAUAAUUUAUCAGAUGAUUACCAGAAUCUUGGCAAGGGCCCUGUAAACUUUCAGAGGGGGUUGUAAUGUUGUAUUAAAAACAAAAGGUGGCAUGGUCUUACUCCAAUGAUAACUUGUAUUCUCAUGUUUCCAGAGACUUUAAAUAGAUUGCAUAGAUUUUAAUCAAAAUAUAGCUCUUUAAUAUUUUAUGUUUAGUGCCUAUUACCAAUAAAAGGUGCUGAUUUUUUGCAACUUUGAUCUGGGAAGGUGGAGGAGGUUGUAUCGGAAGUAAAGGACACCCACCAAACAAAUUGGGGGGUAAGGGGGAGGUGUUUGGGGAAAUCCCAUAGAUUUUAAAAAUUAUUAUGUCAGAAUGCAGGGAUGCCUUCUGGCACAUAUUUGACUUUAGGUUUUUUUUUCAUUCUACACUAAAGCACAAAACAACAGAACAAAUUAUUGCCUGUGUAAAUUAGGUUUCCUGUACCCAGCUGCAUUUCUUUAAAUUUUAAUUUUAGUGGUUACUAAAUAGUAAUGAUGUUUUAAAAUGUUAUUUAAAUUUGAGAUAAAUAUUUUUAAAAAAAAAAUCAGUUCAAAGGAGGUGCAGUUGCAUCAAAAGGUUGUUCAAAGGAGGGGCAGAUACAUCAAAAGGUUGUUCAAAGGAGGGGCAGAUGCAUCAAAAGGUUGUUCAAAGGAGGGGCAGAUGCAUCAAAAGGUUGUUCAAAGGAGGGGCAGAUGCAUCAAAAGGUUGUUCAAAGGAGGGGCAGAUGCAUCAAAAGGUUGCAUACAGUUACAAACAAUUGCUUUGUAUACAUUUAACAUGUGCAUUUUUGACAAGAAUGAAAAUAAUCACUAAUUGAACCCAACAAAAAAUUAUUUGUGAUAGAGCUGGCAGGCAAUAUGCAUGGGUUGGCCAACCCUAUUCAAGGAUUCCAGGUGGGGAUACCAUUGGGUUUAGUAAAGGGAAGAAAAUAAUACAAAGGAAAGGGAAAAUAGAAAAAGGGCAAAACAAUGGAUGUGUUUGCAAAAGGCCUUCUUCUUCUUUGUUUAAUUUCAGGUUUUCCCCUCCUUAUUAACUAACUAUCCAAUUUGUCUGCACACACUUUCCUUAGCAACAAAAACUACUUCAUGGAUAAAUUUUGAUAUAAAUAGAAUGCAACCAAAGUCUUAAAUGUCUUUGUUAACUAGCUAAUUAAGGACUGCUAUUGGUCCAUGCAUUACUGCCCCUGACUUGGACCAAUGAUAAUUUCUUUUUUACAUGCAGUGUAAAUUUACUUUACCAUUUUUUACUAAUUAUUUAAAAUGUUCCUGAACUUUUCAGAUGUCAAUUACAUACAUUUCAGUUGGAAAGACGCUAUUAAUUUCUAAGAAAUAAUGCCUUAACUCUUUCGAUGCGGAACAACGCAUACUGCGUUCUUCCGCCGUUCUCAAAAGCACGGACCAACGCGCUGUUCGUGUUUCAAUAUCAUGUUUGUUUCUUUGCUAUUUCUUGGUUAAACUUUUUAAGAGCUAUUUUUAAAUAAGACUUUUACAUAGAAGAGUGGUACUUCAUUGUUUACAAGCAAAACUAAGGUUGAUUUGUUGUCAUUUGAAGCAUUAUUUUGACGAUUUUCUUGGGGUUUUUUUUUUUUUUACUGUUGCUAUGGCUACCAUAGGCCCAAGUAGGUAAGUUUCCUAGACGAUUAAAAGUUGAAAAAGCUUUGGAAUUGUUUUAUAAUAUUUCUUUUGAUAGUGAAGAUGAUUUAUAUUUAGAUGCAUGGCAUGAUUCUCAUAGUAGUAGUCUUAGUAGUAGUUUUAGAGGAAUUGAGUUAUAGAAUGAUAAAAAUAAAAAAAUAAAAAUUUUAAUUAAUUAAUUUUUUUUAUUAUAAAUAACAAAAAUUUUUAAAAAUAAUAUAAAAAUAAAAUUUAUACAAAAAAGUUAGUUGAGAAGCUUAGUAGAACUUGGAUGUCACCAUUCAUUUACUUUGUGAUAAAAUUGUAUUGUUUUAAUUAAAAUAACGUUGAAUUAGGCUUAGGCACCUCCUUUUAUUUAUAACUACAUACUAUUUCUAUAUGUAUAGUAAUGUAUAUUUUUCCCAGUAAGCUGAGUAAAUCCUUUCAUGAUACCAUGACCGUGAUUAUAAUAAUUAUAUUUGUAUUCAAGGACAAAUUGUUUCCCCCUAUUAAAUAAAACAUUAUAAUCAUAAUAAUACGCAGUGUUAAACCAAUCUCAAAUAAAUUCUUUUUUAAAAUAUAUUUUUGCAUUAUCAUUAUCCUAAUGAAUGAGAAAAGAUGACAGGGAAAACUCAAAGUAUGGUACAAUGGUAGCUUUUUUUUCAUAAUUUCUUUAAACACACACACUCUAAGCCUACAUUUAAUAAUGUUAUAUGCAUUAUUAUACAUGAAUUUUUUUAUAUUUUUAGUAUUAUGAUGAGUACAGAUAUAGUCAAAUCUCACAAACACCUCACCUGUAUGCCAUAUCUGCCAGAGCCUAUUCUGGUAUCAGGGACUUAGAACAAGACCAGGUAGGUUCUCAAACUAAAUACUAAAAGGUGACCUAAAAACUAAUUACUAAUGCCAAUGUAGGACAGAUUUUGCCUGUCAAAAUGCAGUAAUAAUAUACUAAUUAGAAUUUUCUAACUAUUUAAAUAAAAGACUUAAAUAUAAUAUAACCAUUAUUUUUUUAUCAUUGAGAAGAUUACCAUACUCAUGUUAAAUUUGCUGCCUGGCUGUUUGUUAUAUUAUUUAAUUUUAGCUAACAAUAACAAAAGAUCAGUAGUUGUUCUUAUAUUUUUUGUUGAUUAUGGAAUUUUAUUAUGAGCUAUUUCGAUCUGACUUUCUCAGGUUAUUUUGGUCAGUGGUGAAUCUGGUGCAGGUAAAACAGAGGCAACAAAACUCAU